ACGCUCUUCCUGCCGCCAGGACCUGGACCCUUCCCAGGGAUCAUUGACAUCUUUGGUAUUGGAGGGGGCCUGUUGGAAUAUCGAGCCAGCCUCCUUGCUGGCCAUGGCUUUGCUACGUUGGCUCUAGCUUAUUAUAACUUUGAAGAUCUCCCCAAGAACAUGGACAACAUAUCCCUGGAGUACUUCGAAGAAGCCCUGUGCUACAUGCUUCAACAUCCCCAGGUAAAAGGCCCAGGCAUUGGGCUUUUGGGCAUUUCUUUAGGAGCUGAUAUUUGUCUCUCAAUGGCCUCAUUCUUGAAGAAUGUCUCAGCCACGGUUUCCAUCAAUGGAUCUGGGAUCAGUGGGAACAAAGCCAUCAACUAUAAGCACAGUAGCAUUCCACCAUUGGGCUAUGACCUGAGGAGAAUCAAGGUAGCUUUCUCGGGCCUCAUGGACAUCGUGGAUAUAAGGAAUGAUCUCGUAGGAGGGUAUGAGAACUCCAGCAUGAUUCCAGUAGAGAAGGCCCAGGGGCCCAUCCUGCUCAUCGUCGGUCAGGAUGACCAUAACUGGAGGAGUGAGUUGUAUGCCCAAAAAGUCUCUGAACGGUUACAGGCCCAUGGAAAGGAAAAACCCCAGAUCAUCUGUUACCCUGGGACUGGGCAUUACAUCGAGCCUCCUUACUUCCCCCUGUGCCCAGCUUCCCUUCACGAAUUAGUAAACAAACAUGUGAUGUGGGGUGGGGAGCCCAGGGCUCAUUCUAAGGCCCAGGUAGAUGCCUGGAAGCAGAUUCUAGCCUUCUUCUGCAAACACCUGGGAGGUACCCAGAAAACAGCUUUCCCUAAAUUGUAAUGCAUUUGUCUAUUGUUGACAUGAGAGAUUCAAGAUCAGGUUCUAGUGUUCAGUAACCCUAUGUGAAUCAGCUGUCUCCUGGAUAACAUUAAAGCCAUGUCCUUGUCAUUA